GCGGCGCCGGGCGGGCCGCGGGCGGGAGCUCCGCCCCCGCGGGCGGGAUUGGCGGGGGGCGGGCCCGGGGGCGGGGCCUGCGGCCGCGGGAACCCCCAGCCCGCCCCUCCGCCCGCCCCCGCGCGCGUCGCCAUGGCCCCUGCCCUGCUCCUGGUCCCUGCCGCGCUCGCCGCCUUCGUGCUGGCCUUUGGCACCGGAGUGGAGUUCGUGCGCUUCACCUCCCUUCGGCCACUCCUCGGAGGGGGCCCGGAGUCUGGCGGCCCGGUCGCCCGCCAGGGAUGGGUGGCUGCCCUGCAGGACCACAGCACCCUUGCCGCUCUGGCUUGGGAUCUAGGGCUCCUGCUACUAUUUGUUGGGCAGCACAGCCUCAUGGCAACUGAGACCGUGAAGGCGUGGACAUCUCGGUACUUUGGGGUCCUUCAGAGGUCACUGUAUGUGGCUUGCACUGCCCUAGCCUUGCAGCUGGUGAUGCGGUGCUGGGAGCCUGUACCCAGAGGCCCCGUGUUGUGGGAGGCUCGGGCUGAGCCAUGGGCCACCUGGGUGCCCCUCCUGUGCUUUGUGCUCCACGUCAUUUCCUGGCUCCUCAUCUUCAGCAUCCUUCUCGUCUUUGACUACGCUGAGCUCAUGGGCCUCAAACAGGUGUACUACCAUGUGCUGGGGUUAGGUGAGCCUCUGGCCUUGAAGUCUCCCCGGGCUCUGAGACUCUUCUCCCACCUGCGCCACCCAGUGUGUGUGGAGCUGCUGACGGUGCUGUGGGUGGUGCCCACCCUGGGCACUGACCGACUCCUCCUUGCUCUCCUCCUUACCCUCUACCUGGGCCUGGCUCACGGACUCGACCAGCAAGACCUCCGCUACCUCCGUGCUCAGCUACAAAGAAAACUUCACCUGCUCUCCCAGCCUCAGGAUGGGGGGGCAGAAUGAGGAGCCAACUCUGGUUCCAAGGCCUGUAGUUCCUCUCCCCCUCGAAUUCUAAAUCCUUUUACAGCCAGGCCCUGGCUGCUUGAAACCGGUGGCUCAAAGCCACGACUGAAGGAGCUGCCCUUUCCACUACCUGAGACUUCAUUCCGUGGGUCCAACUCCACACCCUGAAUUCUGAGUUUCAGUCACUGGACUCCAAGGUCUACUUUACACCCACCAGGAAGGGGGGCGUGGCACCCACCUGUACCCUCCCCGUUUAGGGCAUGACACCUCUCCAACAGCCUCGUGUACCCUCCCUGUGUACCCUCCCCGUUUAGGGCAUGACACCUCUCCAACAGCCUCCUCACAAGGAGAGAUUCUGCCCUGACUACUCCCUAGGCACUGUUAACUCGCCCCUGCACCUUAGGGGUUCCCUUCUCCACGGCUCACUCCCAUCCAAGAGGCUGGACCAGGGUCUCCUGGCUUGACAGCAGUGGCCGCUCCACUCCCCGCCCUCGUCUUGCCACCUCCCUAGGCCCCGCCCCGGCUCGCUCUCCCGCCCCGCAGAGGGUUCUUCCGCUCUUGACUGCGUGACUUAGGGCUCCCUGCACUCCUGCGCUGCAGGAGAAUAAAACUCGGCCUGGUUUUCCUACA